GCUAGAUCUUUUCUGAUCUUUUACCCGAAAGUCUUUCACAGCAUAGCUGAUCGGUGGAAAGAGACGGCCACGGUGACUCUAAAUGACCAGCAGAGUAUUCAUCUCAGUGAGAAAUAGCCGUUCAAUCGUGCACACGCUGUGUCAAAGGGUUGACUCGUCAGUUAAUUUUCGGACGUAUCUUAUGGAUUCGUCCCUGCAGAAAGGUGACUUGAACCCGGAUUUUGUUUUUUUCGGUAGAAAACCUCUAAGAAUUCUUUUUUUCCUUAAUUCAUCCUUAACUGUAGUACAGAACGAGCCACAAGCUUAGACGUGACCAAGUUAACCCCCGAGUGACCGCCGGAUUUGUUACAAUGCGUUUCCCUGUGUUACCCUGCGUUACCCCAUCUUACCCUUUUUUACCCUUUCUUACCCUCUGUUUCCCUUUGUUACCCUUUGUUACCCUGUGUCACCCAGUGUUACCCUUUGUUACCCUGUGUUACCUUGUGUUACCCAUUGUUACCCUUUUUUACCUCUUGUUACCCGUUGUUACCCUGUGUUACUCUUUGUUACCCUGUGUUACCCCUUGUUACCCUGUGUUACCUCUUGUUACCCUGUGUUACCCUGCGUUACCUCUUGUUACCCUUGGUUACCAUGUGUUACCCCUUGUUACCCUUUGUUACCCUGUGGUAUCCCUUGUUACCCUUUGUUAUCCUGUGGUAUCCCUUGUUACCCUUUGUUACCCUGUGGUAUCCCUUGUUACCCUUUGUUACCUUGUGUUACCCCUUGUUACCCUUUGUUACCCUGUGUUACCCCUUGUUUUCCUUUGAUAUCCUGUGUUACCCCUUGUUACCCUUUGCUACCUUUUGUUACCUUUUGUUACCCUGUGUUACCCCUUGUUACCCUGUGUUACCCCUUGUUACCCUUUGUUACCCUGUGGUAUCCCUUGUUACCCUUUGUUAUCCUGUGGUAUCCCUUGUUACCCUUUGUUACCCUGUGGUAUCCCUUGUUACCCUUUGUUACCCUGUGGUAUCCCUUGUUACCCUUUGUUACCUUGUGUUACCCCUUGUUACCCUUUGUUACCCUGUGUUACCCCUUGUUUUCCUUUGAUAUCCUGUGUUACCCCUUGUUACCCUUUGCUACCUUUUGUUACCUUUUGUUACCCUGUGUUACCCCUUGUUACCCUGUGUUACCCCUUGUUACCCUUUGUUAACUCUUGUUACCUUUUGUUUACCCUGUGUUACCCUGUGGUAUCCCUUGUUACCCUUUUUUACCCUGUGUUACUCCUUGUUACCCUUUGUUACCCUGUGUUACCCCUUGUUUCCCUUUGAUACCCUGUGUUACCCCUAUUUACCCUGUGUUACCCAUUGUUACCCUUUGUUAACCUGUGUUACCCAUUCUUACCCUUUGUUACCCUGUGUUACCCCUCUCCAUGCGAGCUGUAGUUAUUGGUCUGAUACAUUACAUGCUAUUGUUGAAUGUGGAAGUGCAUUUAUUGAGGAUAUUAGUAAAGCCGGAAUGCAAAUGUUAGUGAACUACCCCCUACUGUUAACAUAUAUGGUGGUAAUAUUGAUGUAAGUUUUGUUUUGAGGAGCAAAGGAACCCUUGUGUGUAACUUAUCUUCUAGUGUAUUUAACAGAACAUCUCCGUCUCUCCUGCACACAUUUGUUGUAGAUACUUUGCUCAACGUUGCAAUGCCAUUCAACAUAAUUCUUACUUACACCAACACAUCCCGCUUAAAUGCCUUCAGGCAUCUUUUUGUUUUAUUUUUUAUUUGAAACACAUUUAUACUGUGACAUUUUUUAAUGUUUAACUUUCUUCAGAACAAACUACAAAAUCUGGCAAGUCAGCUGAGCAACGCAAACCUUUCUCCAUCUCUGGUAUCGAUCACAUUGUUCUGACAGUGGAAGAUAUAGAGGCUACUGUUAAAUUCUAUACCCAAGUGUUGGGCAUGGGACAGGUAACGUUUGGACAAGGUAGGCUAGCUCUCUCAUUUGGAAAUCAGAAGUUUAACUUGCAUCAGAAAGGAAACGAGUUUGAGCCCAAGGCAGCAAACCCAACUCCAGGAGCUAUUGAUAUUUGCCUUGUAACGGAGACACCAAUCACACAUGUCAUUGAGCACUUGAAGAAACUUGAUGUGUCCGUAGAAGAGGGACCUGUACAAAGAACAGGUGCUCUAGGACCGAUUACUUCUGUUUAUUUUAGAGAUCCUGAUGAAAAUCUUAUUGAGGUGUCUAAUUAUAAUGGUCAGUAAGGCUUUAAUUAAUAUUGAUCUGAUACAAUCCAUCAGUGUCCAGGGGCAGACUGUCUGUUCAGUACAUGAACCUAUCAGAAGAUACAAUGUGUCACAAGCUAUAUUAAUCUAUCAUGCAUGC